CGGGUGCUGUUUUACUGUAAAUACCACUGGUCUGGGCUAAUAAAAGUGUUAUUGACCAGGUUUUAGAGUAAAAGUGGUCAUUAAAUAAAAGUGUUCCAACAUACUUAGCCUACAUAGUUUCCUAUGGAGACUACUUGCAUAUAGGCCUAGAAGUAGCCUAUAUACUAUACACCAGACAUGGUUAAAUAAACUUCUUUAAAAUACUGAGCCAUAGCUAUAUAUGUAAAUCUGUGCAUGUACCCUAAAAUGCAUGUCUGUUUUUGUGUAUCCAUAGGCCCCAGCUGAUACAAAGAUUUAAAGCAAGUAUCUAAAUAGGCCUGUCCCAGACUUCCACAGAGUGUGCCCCGCCCCAGAAGACUCCUCAUCCUUACUCCACUUUCAACUUGACAGUCCAUAAGGACACAGCAAAUGGAGAGGACAUGGUUUGUUAAUGGGAUUUUGGACAGGCAGCAAAUAUAUUACCUAUAAACAAGUAGGCAUAUUCACCAUAAGGUAAGUCUUGCCUUUCUAUGUUUCAUUGUUUGCCUACAUUGAAAACUAAUUCCAUUUACACACAACUUGAUUAUAUUUCUUUUCAUUAGACAAUAGUUUGCAAGCCACUCCUUUCAAAGAUAUUUACUAUUACUUGCAAAUGUAUUGUCUGCAAUAGCGUGACAUUAUUGUUCUUGUCUUCUAAACUUGUUUUUUUUAAUUAAACAUAGCAUAUUUUUAGCCACAAUUUAGGUCAUGUUUUAUCCUUCUGUCAGAGCAGUGGUGAUGGAGAGUGGAAAGCAGGAUGUGUUAGCAGAGAGUCAUCUGUCAUUUGUAGAGGGACCAGUGGAUCAGUGAGAUUUUAAGUUGAGCUGCAUUAAGAACUAAAAUUGUACCAAAUUCAUAAAAAUAAAUGAGAAACAUGGGCUUUCAUGUUCGUUUUAUGGUCAGUCUUUUCAAAGACAAGAAUGUUUACUAAAGAAUGUGUGUUUAAAACAACACAUCCAAACUAAAGUACUUUUGUUUAUAGCUGUUAAUAUAAGUGUUGGCACUGAAUUGUUUGAGAAAAAGCAUGCUGGCCAGUUAAAAUUAACAAGGCCUAUAUUAUAUUUAAUUGUACAUACUGAUAUAAGCCUUUUGCAUAGGCCUAAACAGUGUAAUGUUUUCUUUUCCUCCCCACAGUUUGGGUCUAUUUAUAGCUGAUUGUAUAGACACACAUCCAACUGGUCUACCACUUACAGUUUAAAGACCUCUCGUCCUACAGGAUGUUUCAAAUAUAUCAAAUUUAUGGGACACUGCUGGGGGGAGUCAAGUGCAAUUACCCAGUUCAGAUGGUUUCUACCUGUUUAUUUGAAUGAAUAUUUUUUGUUAUUUUCACAUAUCUUUAUUUGUUUUCAUUGAAGGCAGAACUGUCAAUGUAAUAUCUGGGAAACCAAUGGAAAACAUCAGCAUCUCUUCUCUCGAACAGUCCAACUGCACUACUUGGGACCAGCGUUGGGGGGCGCCAUAUCUCCACAGAUUGGCGCACCUGGACUUGCAGCUGUAUUAUGACUUCUAUGCACUUUGGGUUUCACUUAUGGUGUGUAACAGUGCGAUGCUGAUUCUCGGGGUCUCUUUAAACUCUCUGGCCCUGUACAUCUUCUGUGGGACAUUUGGCCGCUCCUCAGCCUCUGUGGUGUACACUAUAAACCUGGCUGUUGCUGACCUGUUGGUGGCGCUGUCCCUGCCCGCUUGUAUCGCUCUGUAUCACAGUGGAGGCAGCUGUUUGGUCUGUUCUUAUAUCCACACGUUCAGCUAUUUUGUCAACAUGUACUGCAGUAUCCUAUUUUUUACCAGUAUCUGUAUAGACCGGUAUCUAGCUGUAGUCCAUGCGUCCAGUACCCUUCAUCGAUGGAGGACUGCAGGAGCUGCGCGGAUUGUAAGCUGCACUGUGUGGCUCAUAGCAAUCGUGGUCACCUAUUCCUUUCAGACCUCAGCUCUUGGGUCCAGCUCCUCCUGUGUACUGCUCCCAGCCUUGUUCUACCUCACUGUCCUGGAGUUCUUGCUCCCCCUGUUGGCCGUAGUGGGAUUUACUCUGCGCGUAGCCUGUUUCCUGUCAUCCCGGCACAGACACAUGUCCCAGAAGAGUCGAGCCAGAAGAACACGCGCUAUUAGACUUCUGGCUACUGUCCUGGUGGUCUUCACAGUCUGCUUCACGCCUUUCCACAUCCGUCAGAUACUGGUCUACUUCCGGGUUCAGGUGGGGGCAGAGUCACCUGAGCACGGAGUGAGGCAUAUUCUGGCCUAUCACAUCACAGUCACUCUGAGCAGUCUAAACAGCUGCCUGGACCCCGUAGUGUACUGCUUUGUGACGGACAGCUUCAAAAGGGUGUGGAGGGAGCGGGGCGGAGGGGGCGGCGCCAUGUACGGAGGGGCGGGAGAAACAACCGGAAGAGAACCUGACAGAAACUCAGAGAAGAAGUGUUCAGGGACUGCACUGGCCAUAAUUCACGGUGUGGCUACGAUUACACUGACAGGUCAACCACUGUCUGCUGACAACAUAGAGCAGAGUGUGUAGGCAACAAAAUACAAGCAGACACUGGCUCCAACAUUGAAAAGGUGAAGAAGCCCUGAUAUGAAUAACUUA